AAAUACUAGUAUAGUGACCAUCCCGUAUACAGUAAAGCUCAGUAAGGUUAUGCGGUUAGAGUAAUGUCAAGUUUACAGUUAUCUUUCAUCAAUUGUAAUAAGUUAACGAAUUUGAGAUAUGUUAAAACUAUGUCCCCUCUGGACGAGUAAUUGUAGGCAAUAAAUCGGUUUAUAUUCGAGACAUAGUGCUAUCAAAAGUUGUGUAAAGGAGAACGAUGGCAAUAACAUUUAGUAUAAUACUAUUAAUUGUUGCUUUACUAAUCAUUGUGUUGCUUGCAAGACACUAUUUUUGGCGUGGACGUCUAAGAAGCGUUAAUAACAAGCACGUUGUUGUAACUGGUGGAUCCAGUGGUAUAGGAAAAUGUGUUGCAAUUGCAGCUGCUAGGUAUGGGGCACAUGUGACAAUCAUUGCAAGGGAUGUUUUAAAAUUAGAAGCAGCACGACAUGAAAUAGUUCAUGCUUGCAAAAACAAAGACAUUCAAAAAGUUGAAUAUUUAUCACUUGACAUAGGUAAGAAUUAUGAGGCAGUUGAAGAAGCUUUAAGUGAUCUAGAAAGAACUAUGGGUCCAAUAUACAUGUUAGUAAAUUGUGCUGGUACUGCAAUAUGUGGUAAAAUUGAAGAUACCACUGUAGCAGAUUUAAAGAAAAUGAUUGAUAUCAAUUUUAUGGGUUCAUAUUAUUGUACCAAAGCUGUUGUCCAAAGAAUGAAAGCUUCUCAGGAAGGGAUUAUUGUUUUAACUUCUUCUCAAGCUGCACUACUAGGUAUAUAUGGAUAUUCAGCCUACUGUAGUACAAAAUUUGCUCUACGUGGUUUGGCUGAAAGCAUAUCCAUGGAACUUGCACCAUAUAAUAUUUCUGUGACUCUUAGUUUACCUCCGGACACAGAUACUCCAGGUUUUGCUAUAGAGGAACUAUCAAAGCCUCUUGAAACAAAACUUAUAUCAGAAAGUGGUGAUCUAGUUAGUCCAGAAGUAGUAGCCAACAAGCUCUUCAAAGAUGCAUUGGCUGGAAAAUUCUUCUCUACAGUCGGCAUGGAAGGUUUUGUACUAACUGUUCUGUGUUGUGGAAUGUCGCCGUUCAGUUCCAUUAUCGAAUUAAUUAUACAGUCGACGUUAAUUGGUCUCUUCCGUAUCGUAAGUGCAUGUUACCUAGUCCAUUUUCGAAGAAUCAUUCAGAAUUGUAUGAAGACGCGUGACAAUAACAAGAAAUCCGAAUAGGUACUUGAUCUAAGACAGAACCAAAUACAGAAUGUAUGUGAAUAAAAAAAAAAACAAUAUUUGUAAAUUCUUCAAUGACUGCAUAAUAAAUCUCCAACCACAGAAUCCUCACAUCCUCCUAUUAAUACGAUCAC